AUGGAACUGCAAGCGACGAAGUUGCGACAUUUAGAUCGCACUCGCCAAGAGCCACGCGAGAAGAACUUACUACCGGUGAAGAUUGUGGGUGUUCGAAAGGUCAAUCAGAAGAUUCGUCUCUUAAGGCUCGGGUUACAAGAGGGCCCGUCGAGCUUUCUUGCAGGACAGUGGCUGGAUGUCUUUAUGCCGGGUGACCCGAGGCCGGGCGGCUUUACCAUAGCCUCGGCGCCGUCGGCAGCGACGCAAGCUGCGGAGCCGCACUUUGAGCUGGCCGUCCAAGAAGCGCCCGAGAAUCCCGCGGCGGCAUGGCUAUGGAGGCCGGAGAACGACAUAUUGGGGCAAGACUUGACCGUUCGUAUCGGUGGGAGCUUUAUCUGUCCGCCGAAAGAGGGCCUUGGUGGGAUUCAACGCAUCGUCCUCGUGGCUGGCGGGGUGGGCAUCAACCCGCUCAUGAGCAUGUUGAGCUACUUGGCCGACGAGAGUAGGAAUCUGGACAUUCGAGUCUCACUAAUGUAUGCCACAAAGGUGCCCGAGGAUGGGAAUUUGGCAGGAGUCCUAUUUCUGGAUAGAAUCGUGGACCUGUUCCGACGAGGUCAAGUCGCAGGCGAAGUUGAGCUUUUUCUUACUGGGCCGGUGUCUCAAUUCCGAGAUGUGACGGCGGACAGAACAGGCCAAGUCGAAAUAAGAUUUGGAAGAAUGACAAGAGAAGACCUCAUGCCGAAGAUCUGGGCCAGCAGCAGCAAGGAUGACACGCUGGUAUAUGUCUGCGGUCCGCCCGCUAUGACUGAUUAUUUCGUUGAGAUAUUGACAGCUCCAGGCAUGGCCAGCCUCAUUGAUGCUGCGUGUGUAAAGUCAGAGAAAUGGUGGUGA